AUGGUAAUCUUUAGGUCCAGGCAACCGCCUAUCGAUCUACCAACCGAAUUGACAGACUGGGACUGGCUCUUCGAUUCCGCCUAUUCGCCUAUCAACAAAUACCCACCGAGCGAACUAGCUGGGUUCCAAAACGCGAUAACGAAGGAGCGUGUAAACUGGGCUGAUGUGAAGAGAUACUCCACAUAUAUCUCCACCGCUCUGGUCAAGAAAUAUGGCCUUAAAGAAGGCGAGACAGUGGCGCUGUUCAGCCAGAAUACUGUCUGGUACCCGGUAGCCAUGUUUGCUGGACUCCGCGUAGGAGCGAAGAUCAGCGGGGCCAGUCCGGCAUACAACGUUGAAGAGAUGACAUUCGCGCUGAAGACCGCGGACGCGAAGUUCUUGAUGACUACGCCUGGCAGUAUGGAGAUCGCAGCUGCGAGUGCAAAGGCUGCAGGACUACCGCAGUCCAACGUGUUCUUACUGGAGGGCGAGUUACCUGGAUACACCACCGUUCAGGAUCUAAUCCGUAUGGGAGAGUCAUAUGCCGACUCUGAGCAGACCUCAGCAUUCAAGCUGCCUCCUGGCAAGAAGAACAAGGACGUUUGCGGUUUCCUGUCCUUCUCUUCUGGAACGACUGGAUUGCCAAAGGCUGUUAUGAUCAGUCACCAGAAUGUCAUAGCGCAAUGUCUUCAGGUACAGCAGAUCACGCCUGAAACCCAGAAAAAGAUCAUGGCCGUACUUCCUCUGUUCCACAUCACCGGUCUAGUCCAUCAAAUGCAUCUGCCAGUCCUGCUCAAUGCCGAGGUCGUCAUGCUUCCGCAGUUUACUAUGGAAAAGAUGUUGGAUGUUAUCGUUGAAUACAAGCUUAGUGAGCUUCUACUGGUACCACCGAUCCUUAUCAGACUCGUGCGCGACCCAUUAGUUGACAAGUACGACCUCAGCCAUGUCACACGCUUUUCGUCGGGUGCUGCUCCACUUUCCGAAGAGAUUAUACAGCAGCUUCAAAAGAAGUUUCCCAACACCGGUUUUAAGCAAGGAUAUGGGAUGACGGAGUCGUGUUCGUGCAUUACUGCGCACCCGCCUUCGAAGUUCUCAUACAAGUACGCUCACUCUGGUGGUGCCAUCGUAGCUUCUACCGAAGUCAAGAUCAUCAAAGACGAUGGCACGGAAGGCGACGUUGGAGAGGAUGGCGAAGUUCUCGCUCGUGGGCCACAAGUCGUCAUGGGCUAUCUCAAUAACGAGAAAGCUACUCGCGACACUUUCGAUGCCGACGGCUUCCUUCAUACCGGCGAUCGCGGUGCGAUUGACGAGGAGGGCAUGAUCCACAUCUCCGACCGUAUCAAGGAACUCAUCAAAGUAAAGGGCAUCGGUGUCGCACCGGCUGAACUCGAAGAUCUGCUUCUAGGCCACCCGAAGGUCGAAGACGUCGCUGUGAUGAGCGUGAAAGAUGAUUACUCUGGCGAGCUGCCGAAGGCGUACGUGGUCUUGAAGCCGGGAACGGAAGAGAGUACUGCAGCAGGGAAAGACAUCAUCGAGUAUGUCAAGGAGAAGAAGGUCAGGUACAAGUGGGUCAAGGAAGUGGAGUUUAUCAAUGAGAUUCCGAAGAGCCCUUCCGGCAAGAUUCUGAGGAGAGUACUAAGGGAUAAGGAGAAGAGCGGGAAGUUUGGGCUCGUUGUUAAGGACGAGGCUAGGGCCAGGCUGUAG